GAAUUAAUCACCGUCUGUUCCCGUGUGAGAGAGAGGGAGUCAAAGGCAGUCAAACAGAGAGAGAGAGAGAGAGAGAGAGAGAGAGAGGGAGAGAGGGAGAGAGAGAGAGGAGGGGGAGUGGAGCCUGACGCAGUGUGAGAGGCAGAAACUGAGAGCGGAGAGAGACAGAGAACGAGGGAGACAGCAGCGAGGAGGCAGCGCAUCACAUCAGGCGCCGUUUUGCAUCCAAAAAAUCUUGACGCGGGUCAAUCGCCACAUUGGCUGCUGCCGCUGCUGCCACCACCGUAGAGCCGCUUCCCGGCCACUGCUCUUCACAGAGACCGCAGGAGACAGGAGCAAGCUGGGACAAAUCACUGACAGACAAAGACUAAAGAAAAAAAAAAGACAAAAGAAGAACCACAGCCACACAUACUGCCAGAGGCAACGAGCGGAGACCUGCGAAGCGAAUCCGCGUCUUCCUCCACCACGCCGGCAUCUGGACCAGUGAUGUGAAAAGUGCACAGACAACGAAGGCUCAGCUGGUUGGGAGAGGACCUACAUCUGCAAAGGGACGAGUUCUCACACCAAGUACAGAGCGGCAAGCAAUGAGGACGAAAGAAAAGAGGUGCUUGUCCAAUCAGAGAUGCAGAUGGCCACAGAAGACAUGAGCACCAGCCAACCUGGCACCGGGACGACUUCCACUUGCCAAUUUAUACAUCACAAAUCAAAUGUGACCCCCUAAUUAAACAUUCGAUACAGUUUACCGAGCCACGCAUACUGCCAAUGAAGUGAUACGUCCUGCACUCAUUUCUAUUUCGCUAAAUUCUGAAUUCUUCAUGUUAACACAAAAUUGAAUUUUGGGUAUACGGGAGAAGCUAAGGAGAGACAGCAGGAACCUUCUCCAUGCUGUGACUGUAACCACAACAGUCACAACAACACAAAUCUGUAGAAAAAACAAGUCACUGCACUCUAAAAUAUUACCAUAGAAAACACACCCUCACUGCCUUUCCAAUGGCUCUAGCCAAGAUGAGUAAAUGUUAGAUGGCGGGCACCUCUGGUCGGUUUUCUCCAAUGGAUCCUGCGAUGACAUCCCCAAUGGCCCAGAGCACAGGACAGGGACGGCAGAGACAUAACACGACUGGAGGCUCUUCAUCAGCGGUCUUGUCCACAGCCAGCUCCUUCCUCUGUUGGCUUGCCCUCCUGUCAAUAAUGCGGUUGCCAAUGGUAACAGCUGACUGCUGGCUUAUCGAAGGGGAGAAAGGCUUCGUGUGGCUGGCGAUCUGCAGCAUGAACCAGCCUCCCUAUGAGGCCAUCCCCUCCCACAUAAACAGCACUAUUGUGGAUCUGAGGCUGAACGAGAACAAGAUACGGUCGGUGCAUUAUUCUUCACUCAGUCGCUUUGGCAACCUCACCUAUCUGAACCUCACCAAGAACGAUAUCAGCUAUGUGGAUGAUGGAGCGUUCUCAGCACAAUUCAACCUGCAGGUUCUCCAGAUGGGCUUUAACAAGUUGAGGAACCUGACAGAGGGGAUGCUGCGAGGCCUGGGCAAGCUGCAGUACCUCUACCUGCAAGCCAACCUCAUCGAGACUGUUGCACCCAACACCUUCUGGGAGUGUCCCAACAUAGAGAAUAUAGACCUCUCUAUGAACAGGAUCCAGGUGUUGGACGGCAGUUUGUUCUCUGGACUCUCCAAGCUGACCACCUGUGAACUGUACACAAACCCCUUCAACUGCUCCUGUGAGCUGCUGGGUUUCCUGCGCUGGCUCUCAGCCUUCCCCAACAGGACCAGUGAGCGGAUGGUGUGUGACUCCCCUCAAGGGUUCUCCGGCUAUAACCUUCUGAGCCAAAACCCCCGCAUGCCUACCCAGCGCAACGCUCUGCACGUGCUCAGUCUCGUAUGUACAGACGAUGGCAGUAGCGUGACACACAUCGACGUCUUUGACUCCACCACCCAGUCCCCAGACUUUGCCUCUCCCUGUGGACUGGACGACUGUGCUUCCGGGACCCCUCCUGAUGAGGUGAUCAGCUUGAGCCCGUUCCCCGAUGCCAAACCGAUCAUGAUAUUAAAGCAGGUGCUACAUUCCAGCGCUGUGAUCACGGUUCAGAUUCCUCAUCCGUACAGGAAAAUGUACAUUCUGAUGCUUUAUAACAACAGUUUCUACACAGAUAUCCAGAAUCUGAAAAAACAGACAGAAGAUGUUGCGCUAAAGGACUUAAAGCCUAACACUGACUACACAUACUGUGUGGCUUCUAUACGAAACUCCCUGCGCUUCAACCACACCUGUCUGACCAUCUCAACUGGCCGCAGAGCUGGAGCUGAGAGGAUAGCCAAUCAGUCGUCUGCCACCCACUACAUUAUGACUAUUCUGGGCUGUCUGUUUGGCAUGCUGCUCUUCCUUGGCCUUGUUGUCCACUGCCUGAGGAGGAAAAGGCUCAUGGAGGAGAAGGAGAGGAAGAUGAGCAGAAUCCAGAGGACUUUGAUAGAGCUCAAGUACGGUGGAGAAGGAGAUAUUGAGGGAGGGAGUGGAGGAUCUGUUUCUCAGAAGCUAGCCGGUGGGGACAGUCUGUCCAGAAUGCCUUACUUGCCUCAGGGUGGUGAGAUAGAUCCAUACAAGCUUCAGGAGGUGAUCGAAACACCGGCGCACAAACCUACUAAACUUAACUACAUGGAGGUCAGAGGCUCCGGCAUUGAAAGGGAGAGAGAGCGAGAGAGAGAAAGAGAAAGAGAACGAGAAAGAGAGAUGUCACCACAAGCAAAUCCCCAGGGAUCAGUGGCAGAGAUUUCUACCAUCGCUAAAGAAGUUGAUAAAGUUAACCAGAUCAUCAACAACUGUAUAGAUGCUCUCAAAUCUGAGUCUACCUCCUUUCAGCAGGGGAUCAAAUCCCCUUCUUCUGCAGGUGGAGGAGCUGUUUCAACUGCAGAGCCACAGCUGGUGCUUCUGUCUGAGCAAGGAGAGAGAGGAGAAAGAGGAGGUGAGUUCCUCUCCCCGGUGUAUAAAGGAGGGAGAGGAGGAAGAGAAGAGAGGGGAAGAAGCUACCAUCAUUCACUGCAGCGACACCACAGCAUGGAGGCUCCUCCAACCUCAAAAAGACCCAGCACCUCCUCCUCUCCUGGCUCUGCCCGGAGCCCUCGCUCCUUCCGCUCAGAGGGAGGCUACCACUCCUCUGAAACCCGCUAUAUCGAGAGAACCUCACCUGGAGAGAGGGGAGAAAGGGGAGGAGUGGGAGGAGAGCCCAUCCGCACCAUCACUCCAGCAGCGGCUAUCUUACGAGCUGAAGCCCAGAGAAUCCGCCAGUACAACGAGCACCGCCACUCCUACCCCGGCUCCCAGCAGCAUCUGCAGGAGCUGCAGCACCACCCCCAGAUCUUGCAGGAGCUCCACCACCACCCUGGGGGCCGUAAGCCCUCUGUGUUAGACCCCCUCACUCUCAGCAGGCAGGCCAAGCAGCGGGAGUUAGCCUACUCCCAGCUUUCACCACACUACCCGCUCUCUCCCCAGUACCACAACCUCAGCUACUGCUCCAGCCCCGAGGAAGACGAGGAGGAGGAAGGGCUCCUCUGCACCCCAACCCUGGGGCUGUGGGAGAGGUUCAAACUGCACCGGAAGAGGCACCGGCAGGCAUCCAUGGAGGACGAAGGAUACGUGGCAGCCGGACACGCACUGAGGCGAAAGGUUCAGUUUGCCAAGGAUGAAGAUCUUCACGACAUACUGGACUACUGGAAGGGUGUGUCUGCCCAGCAGAAGGCCUGAUCGCACAUGUGGAGACCCCAAACACUUUGAAGAUGGAAAAAUAACAACACUGCAUCCACUACACAUACAGACCUAUUCAAUGAAGACCUGUAAAUACACACAAAUACACAUAACUUACAGGAUCUGCUGAAGCAAAUUGCCCAUACGUAUAAACACACACACACACGCACACACACACACACACACACACACACACUGGCUCAUACUUCACACAAACUAAGCCUUUUCUUCUGAAAACAUGGAGGAGGACCAAACUAAUAUAUUAUAUUGAACAACAAAAAUCAUAACUUAUAGAGACUGAGUUAAUUUUGUAAUGUAAUGGAAAUUAUAGCUCAGACUUAUGUAGCUAUUUGUACUAAGUUUUGAAUGAAGAAAAAAGAUUCAACGUUAAAAAUAGAAACCUUAAAUGUUGCCGGGCAACCCAUCCUGAACAGCCCAGCGAUGUUUUUAAUCUGCCCUGAGACUGACAUUCAUCAAACCUGGCCACGGCAGAUUUACUCCACCAGAGUCAUGAGAACUGUUACGGCGGUGACUUGAUCAAGACUUUGCUCUGCUGAGGAGGUUGUUUUUUUAGCAUCGCGCCCUGCGAUUCAGCCACUAGCGCAGGCAUUUUGAAAAAUUCGCUGCGAUUCGGGAGAUUAAAAUCAUCAAAACGAUAAAUUCUGGAUGGGUCGCCAGGCAACAGUAAUAUUUAAUUGUGCUGAGAAUGAGUAGGUAGCUCUCACCAGAGAGUGAGUUUAAUGUGCCAAAUCAACCAAGGGGAUAGUAGAGCCCUACUGUGUACCAACUUCUCCUCACCACUGUUUUUAUAUACAGAAUUUAAAAAACCUAGUAUGAUAUGUUGUUAUUACUAUUCAUUAUUCUUAUUAUCAUUACUGGUCUUCUUAUUAUUCCUAUGAUCCUCAUCAUUAAUACUCUAUUAUUUGAAUAUGGCAUGGCUCUGUCGUGUGACUGUGUUUUUGACUGUUUUGAACCUCUCAGCUGAGAAGUGCACACCAACAGAGACAAACAGUACGAUGGACGAGACAUUUGAGUUCUCCUUUUCUACCAAGAGGAAUGUGCUCUCUGCUGAGCCAAAAACAAGUCCGCCUUUUCUCUUGGUGAACCCCUGCUACACCUGCUCCUCAUCCUCCUAAAGAGGGAACGCUGUACAGAUGAGAGAGAGAAGUUCUAUAUUUGCAACAGAGGUGACUGUUUUGUUUGUACAACACGGUUUUGAAAUCUUUCAGACUUUUCAGAAACCAGAAUCCCAAGUUAGUUACCUACCUGCUCACUUACAAUAGUACGUUUUUGAUUUUGAAAUCGAACUAAAAAUUCUAAUCUUCAAAUGAAUGUCUUUAAUUCCCACAGGGGAAGCAUAUCUGCACUGUUCAAAAUCAAAAAACGACUCUUAGGAAAAGACCUAAAACUCUCAGCUUCCUUCCCGAUACACUGUAGCUCCACUGUGUUUUAUCAACAAUUCAUUUUUUUCCUCUCCUCCUUCUCCCAUCUCCCAGGUUUUUACUUUUUAUUUGUUUAUUUUUUUGGAUUCCUCUGGUUCCACUGUGGUGCCAUUGUGCCAACUUGAUAAAUCACUAAGAAGUAUUUGAAAUGCUUUUAAAUACUACUAUUUACAGACCUCUUCUCCUUUGCAUUAAUACAGUUCAGUUUGCCAAACAGAACAACAAUUUGCACAAAACGAUCCACCACCAUUGGCUCACUGCUCCCCUUCUAUCCUCCAAUCAUUUCUAAGACCAAAGUACUGUGGUAGUAAAUUGACCCUUACAGCCCUGUCCGGGACCCAACCACUGACCCACCAUCACCCUUACAGCUAAGACUCUAGUACCUACAUACACACACACACACACACACACACACACACACACACACACACACACACACACUCUCAAGUGUACUCAUGCACACACAACUACAAAAACACACAGAUGAAUGUAUUCUUUGAGAAGUUAGUACUGUUCAGCAGCUGGAUUCUGACAAACGAGCUGAAUUCAAACAGUCGUCUGUCCUUUUUCUGACAGGUAACUUCCUUCGGACGGCCACUUGUGUUUCAGAGAUUUUAAAAAGAAAGAAGGAAUUAUUGGCUUUCUGUAAAAUUGUCCACACCAAUGCUCACAGAUGACCAGUUUGUCACGGAAACCCAAAACUGUCACUCAAGACGUCUAUUGAAGUAAUGGCAAUGGAGUUUUUAUAUGAGAAGGGUUAUGGUGAAAUGUGAUUAGUAUCACUCAUGUGGUGAAAAGAGACUUUGUGUAUAUCUGAAAUAUCUGCAGGAUUUAUAUACCGGAGGCGGAACAGAGGAGAAAAAUGUGAUAAUAUACUGUAGAAUAUUCUACACGGAACUGUGCUACAACAAGUCAUUUAAAACCGUGAACCAGCGAUGGAGUCAAGAUUUCACUUCAGCGCAUUUCGAAUUUAACAUGCUCGUGGUAUUCACAGUGUUGACUACAAUUUGUAAUUACAAAUGUGUAUACUGAGUGAAUUGCACCUACUUGGCUUUCUGAUUUGAAACAGAAUUGAUUCCAACCUUGAAACAACAAUGAAAACGACACAACAGAAACAACAGAGCUGGCGAACAAUGAAAAGUUCAUCGAUGAAUGGAAACACUGUAUAAAAUCUUUUUUCUCUGCUAUAAUGAGUUCAGAAUGCUCAAGUCAUUAAGCCCGGUUAAAGCCAUAAUCAUGGGUUGGUAAAAUCACCACAGCUGUUUGUAGCACUGAAAAAGCACAUUCAUUUGUGUGGUUAAAAAGGCUGUUUUUUUCCUCUCCUGAUAAUGCGGCAGCGUUGACGUGGUUCCUCUGCAGCAAACAAUCCAACUCUGAUACAAAAGGAAACCGAUGAGCCGUGGUUGUUUCCACAUUACACGUCCCAGAUUGUGGCUUUAACUAAACAACAGCCUUAAAAACAUUCGAUUUUCUUUCGUCUUUUUAACUUUAGCAGCUUUGAAAAUGAAAAAAAAAAAUCCAGAUUUCUUAACUUAUACUUUCCUGACUGCAAUUUUCUAAUUGCUUGAUUCUUAAGCCUCACUUGAGCAUUCUUUGAGUAACAGUAAUAUCAAUGUAGCGAUGUAUUAAAUUACUGUUUUUGGUUUUUCAUUCUGUUUAUGGAAAGUAAUGGUCUGAAUUUAUCAUGUGUCAGAGAGUAGCAGAGCUAAUCUCGAAUGAGGCAACAACAAGCCGAUGGUCGAGUCGAGGAGUCGACAGUGACCCUAAUCAGCACUGCUAUUCUUUGAACCGUGAUGAAAAGAAACUGUGUUUUCGAAACAGCAAUGCCUAGAAAGUGGAAAUAAACUGAGGUCCUACUGACAACAGACAGAAGUGACAAUGGAGCAUGCUGCAAGGAAACCCUCAGUGGAAACUUGUGUUAUAUUCUUCUAGUGAAUGACUCAGGAGCAAGAGAGAGUGAGAAAGGGAGAACGCUCUACCAUAGGAUCUCUCAGAGGCUUUCUUUCUUUAUUUUCUUGUCAAAAAUUAAAAUGAGCACAAUAAAAUAGCCUUCCUUU